AGUUGUAUCAUUAUUCUUAUUUGGCCAACUUCUUUUCUGCUUUCGCUUCUUUACUCUCUCCACCUCCUUCCUUCUUGUCGUUCUUGCUGUUCUACACAAAAGCAAGUCUCGAUUCGUCUGGUGUUCAAGUCGUCGCCUGCCAGCAACACCAGCAGGAAACACAGCCCACUCCGCGGAGACCUCUUUUCCACGCCAGCCAGCCGUAAGGGAUGAAAUGAAGUGAAGUUAAGUAACAUAAAAAACAAACUUAGUUAUACUUAGAAAGCACGUCUUCUCUGCUGCUCUGAUUUUACAUAAGUCUUUUCGAACACCUCGAAGCAAUAAAAUACGGCACUUGAUUGCGUGGCCUGAUCAGUUGAACUAGUGCAUCGUCAACCAGAUUUUAAAGUCGAGCAAUGGCCUUCUUUACGCGAGAUGAUUUUGUCUACGUGUGGAACAGCUACCACGUGCUGGACUGGAUCAUCCUUGCCGCGCUGAACAUCAUCGCCGGUUUUGUCACCCUCGCCGUCCAGCCGCACUGCCGCCCCUUCUCGUGGGACGACGCCACGAUCAACUACCCGGUGCACCCCGACACCUUUCCCAACUACUCCCUCGUGCUCAUGGUGUUUCUCGCCAUCGCGUUCUACAUUGUUUUUGUGCUGUACCUCGUGAAGCCGCUGCAGCGCCUCGUCGGGGAGCCAAUGGAGUGGUACGCCCUGGGCAGCAAGAAUAGCGGCGGCAGUGCAAGUCCAUACAUCGACAUCGACGCGCAGGACGGCAACUCGAAGCGGUUUCGCGUAGCGGAUCUGCAGACGGGCGGGGGGCCGCUCUAUCCGUGGCUGCGGGCACACCUGUGGGCAGUCGGGCUGGAGUUCUGCAUGAUGGCGGUACUGAAGGUGUACGCUGGUAGCCUUCGGCCCGACUACCUGGAUCGGCUCAAAACUGCCGGGUAUACGCGCUCCGUGAAAUCCUUGCCCGACCCGAAGAGUGAACCCGAGUUCUACUGCAAGCUGAUGGACAGUCACCCUGACCUCAAGGAAGGGCGUUUGUCGUUUCCGUCUGGCCACAGCAGCACCUCCUUCGCCGUCUUCACCGUCAUGUCCUUCUUCUUCGUUGCCUACCUGCGGCCCUUUGCGCGGCAGGCCAGCUUUACGCGUCUCCUCAUCUGUCUGUGUCCGCUUAUCGUGCCGACGAUUUGCGCGGUGAGCCGCACGCGCGAUUACAAGCACCACUUUUCCGACAUCGUCGCCGGCGCGUUGAUUGGGAUUGCGUGUGCGCUGAUGGCCUUCUACGGCAGCUUCCGGCAGGUGGGUGGGGCCGCUGGUAUUUACUUUUGUCGCACCGCCGCGGACGUCGAUUACGACCAGCUACGCGAGUCGGCGAGCGGAACGGCAGCUGUUCCCGGCGUCAGCAGCAGCACCGUCGACUUUGGCGCGACGCAGCAGCGCGAGCACGUCGAACUGCGCAAGAGCGGAUCAUCACCGACGGUGCGGCGCGCGGGGGAUUCGACGGUGCUGAUGAGUGACGCACAACGUGGAUCGCCGGUGUUGACGGAGCGAAAGCUGAACGAGGACCCCGCCGCCGUUCCGUGGAUCUAA